CCCACAGCACUUGUUCAGUGCCCGCCUCGCGUACGCAGCUUUAAGGAAAGUUCUUUGUUGUGUAUAACUGUGAUAUUGAUGCCAGUCAAAAUGCGUGAAUGUCUUAUCAUAGUUGCAGCGAUAGUAACGAUCGGUUCGAUUAGUAAUACUGUCGUGUGUUCGUGGAUUCCGCUUGCUCCUUUGUGGGUUCGUGCUCCCAAUAAAGACAUUCCACCGGUGGUCAAUAUUCAGCAGUUGGGCGGUAAAUACGACUACAGCAUCUCGGAAGGGAAAGCCUUUCAAGCGCUCGUGCCGGCAUCAGUGGGCUCCGUUCAUAUUCAGACAGUUCCAGCUGUUGCAAUUCAUUACUUACCAGGAGGACAGGCCGUAGUAGUUCCGGCUGGACCGUUACCGACUGCCUCAAGUCAUUCUACUGACCCGUCUGCUGACGAGGGAUUGGAAACGACAACAGAAUACACGGAAGAGGAAGCGAGUACCGAUCCUGCGACAAUAGCUGUCGACGAAUCUAACCCAGUGCAACUCAGAGAGCCAGCACCGGUUACGGAGCAUCAGGAGGAAAACGAAGCGGUAGAAAGAUCGUAACGUUUAAAAAAAUGAGUAUUAUUCUACAAAAAAAGUGAAACAAAAACUUGUGGUGUUCUUGACAAUGUGUUCUGGAUUAGUAAUUGGAUGGAAAGUGACUAGAAAGAAAGUCAUUCUGCGGUACUAUUUCGUGAUUUGUAACACGAUUAUCAGCUUAGUUUAAUGCUGACCCAUAACAGCACUUUACGCGAGCUUACCUCUGAGAAAAAAUAACACACAAUGUGUGAAAUCGUUUCCACAGUAGCUGAAAAUAUUAAGACUGGAUUAAUUAUUAAUCCAUUGUUAAGAGUCGUGCAAUAAACUUGUGGAUAUGAGAUGUGUUCUAAAAUAAUUAAAUUGAAAAUUAUUGUAUUUAAAAACCCGGUCUUUUUGGCGGUGAUAUACAUUUAAUAAUAUUCUUUUUUUAUCUUAAUAGCAGUGUACUGCUAUUUUUUGCUAUAAGUCAUUGUUAUGUAAUAAAAUGUUGAGUUUAAGUACAUUAUUAUUAAAAAAAUAUAACAUUCACUUAUUACACGAAGCACAAUCCAAAGACAGCUGGUUAAAAAUAACUUGAAGAGAUAGGUAAAUCAAUAAACACUGCUGAUUCAAAA